AUGGAUCACUACAAAAGCAAAGGGAAAGACCUAGAUCAUACCACAUCUUGGACUAAAUUUAUUUGGGAUGACAGGGGCUACUGGUACGCAUCUCGGACUGGUCCAACCGGAGUGAUAGAGUACGAAUAUUCUUACCCAGAGCCUGAAAAUCGUUCAGCUACGCCCAGAACACCGGGUUCAACAGGUCCUAAUGUUGCAUCUAACCAGCAGUCUAUGUACUCAUCUCCAGUUCUAACAGGUAAUACUGCGUACACAAUCUCACAAACAAGUAAGUUUGGCAGUCUGGAUCACGAUGCAACUCCAACGUCAUCGUAUGUCUCUCCUGCUCCUAUUAGCGAUUACUACAAUUCUACAAAUUCUACGGGUCAAAACUAUGGUGCAGCUCCCACCACGAAUACUUCAAACACAGCUUGGUCUCCCUCAUAUCCUUCGACUAACAAUGCCUCUUGGACACCGGCUAGAAACGUGGCUCCAUCGUCUGUCGAAGCCACAACAUUUGCAUUGAAUUCUAUGUCGAUGACGGCACCGCGAUAUCCACCACCGGAAGCGUUUGAUUUUCAAAUGCCAUCAGGUACAAAGCAUAUCUCCAGAGCCCCAAACAGUGGCAAUACAGAAACCCUAGAUUCCAGAUAUGAAGUCUACGGUGGUCUCCGGCAAGAUGAUUUCUGGCAAAUCGGGAGAGUAUUCAUAAUGCUAUGGAUCGAGCCCGCCGCGCAGUCGAUAGUACCUGAAGCAUAUAGUGAAAUUAGACGUUUUGUAGUUUGUCGAAAGGUCAUGGAAGCUCUAUUUGCUGGUAUCCCCAUCCACACUUACUCGAAUCAAGCGACUCUCAAACCUAACCUCCCUGCACCCAAUCUACACACGAUAAUAUAUACCACACCAAGGUGCCCGAAUGAGUACAAAUACGAGGCUGCUGAUGGUCACUGGGUAUAUGAGGUUUUCACCAGAGAUCCCAUCCAGGUCAUCAGCGAGCAGAAGGACAAGGAUGAUGACUUGAGUUUAUUGAGCAGGUUGAACUACAGCAAAGUCUAUACAGUAGAACAUUAUGUUCGUGUAUUGAAUAUUGGAAUGGUAGCCAAGACUUCAAUGGCAUCACUCGCGCUUGAUUCAGGUUAG